CUAUUCUCUCCAUUCCAAUACUUCUCCACCCUCAUCCCCCCCCUAUCGGUGCUUAUGUUGCCACUCCUUCCUUAUUGUCGCGCUUGAACUCCAAUCCUCUCUUCUGAUUCUUGAAUCCUCUACGUCCCAUCCAGCAUGGACGUCGUCGCGGCGGUGUCGGGGUACAUCUCCAAGAUGGUCACCGCGGGGGACCCCUCCUCCUCCUCCUCGGCCAAGAUGAAGAUACUCCUCCUCGACAGUGAGACAGUCCCCAUUGUGUCAACCGCCAUCACCCAGUCCGCCCUCUUGAACCAUGAAGUCUACCUCAUCGACCGACUCGAUAAUGCCGCCCGGGAACGCAUGCGACAUCUCCGCUGCCUGUGCUUUGUGCGACCCUCCCCGACCUCCAUCCAAUUCCUGAUCGACGAACUCCGCGAGCCCAAGUACGGCGAAUACUACAUCUACCUCAGCAACAUCAUUCGCAAAUCCUCCCUCGAACGACUCGCCGAAGCAGAUUCACACGAGGUGGUUCGUGUGGUCCAGGAGCACUUUGCCGACUUUCUCGUGAUCAAUCCCGAUCUGUGUUCCAUGAACUUGGGCUUCCCGCAGCAGCGCUUGUGGAGCCAGUCGCCAGACCUGUGGAAUGCGGAUGCCUUGCAGAGAGCAACGGAAGGCGUUAUCGCCAUGCUGUUGGCGCUGAAGAAGAACCCGUUAAUCCGUUACGAGAAGAACAGUUUGUUGGCUAAGAAGCUGGCCACGGAGGUCCGCUAUCAGUUAACGCAGGAGGAGCAGCUCUUCAAUUUCCGCAAAACCGAUACGCCACCGAUUCUGCUGAUCCUCGACCGCCGGGACGACCCUAUCACGCCGCUGCUGACACAAUGGACAUACCAGGCCAUGGUGCAUGAGCUGAUGGGCAUCCACAACGGGCGCGUGGACCUCCGGGACGUCCCGGAGAUUCGACCGGAGCUACGGGAGAUUGUCCUUUCCCAGGAUCAGGAUCCGUUCUUCAAGAAGAACAUGUACCAGAACUUCGGAGACCUUGGCCAGAACAUCAAGGAGUAUGUCGAGCAGUAUCAGGUCAAAACGCAGAACACAAUGAACAUCGAGUCGAUCUCGGAUAUGAAGCGCUUCGUGGAGGACUAUCCCGAGUUCCGUAAACUAUCCGGGAACGUCAGUAAGCAUGUCACGCUGGUGGGAGAGCUCAGCCGGCGAGUGGGGGAGGAAGAUCUGCUGGAUGUCAGUGAGUUGGAACAAAGCUUGGCUUGCAAUGACAACCACGCCAAUGACCUCAAGAACUUACAACGCAUAAUCCAACUGCCCAGCGUCCCGGCGGAGAACAAGCUGCGACUAGUGGCACUGUACGCCAUCCGCUACGAGAAGCAACCAAACAAUGCGCUCCCGAUCCUGCUCGAUCUCAUGGCCACCGCCGGCAAUGUUCCUUCAUACAAGGUCAACAUCAUCCCGAAACUACUCGCUUAUCACCACUCCUUGCAAGCGCCGCCUGUUGCUGGUGGCUUUUCCGACCUCUUUGAAUCAACCUCCCUCUUCUCCGGUGCCCGGGACCGGUUCAAGGGCCUGAAAGGCGUUGAAAACGUGUACACCCAGCACUCGCCCCGCUUGGAGGCAACCCUCCAAAAUUUGAUCAAAGGCCGUCUGAGGGAGUUGCAGUAUCCCUUCCUCGAAGGUGGCGGCCAUACGCGGGACAAGCCCCAGGAUAUCAUCAUCUUCAUGGUGGGCGGAGCUACGUACGAAGAAGCCAAAAUGGUCGCCCAAGUGAACGCCAGCUCGCCCGGCGUGCGAGUCGUCUUGGGUGGCACCUCCAUCCACAACAGCACGAGCUUCCUCGAGGAAGUCGACGAUGCUGUGAGCGGCUGGCCCGAGCCCAGCCCCUCGUCCGCCGCUGGACGGCUGCAGAGGGCCAUCGGACAUUAGCCUUGUUUCUUUAGCGUGGAUUGAUGUGCAAUCUUUUCUCUUUCUGUAUCUGUAAUUUUCUAUCUUAUAUCCUGGACGUUAGCCAUGUUUGAACUCUCUCCCAUGAGACUUUGAAAGCGAAUCAAAUUCCGUCCACCAUGCGUAUUGACAAGCUUUAUCCCUGCAUCAAUACAGUGCAC